AUGCCUGUUAAAGAUACUCGCGUCUUUGGUGGGAAUGGCGGCCAUCCCUAUGAACUCUACCCACAGAAUUCCGACGCAAAUGUGAAGCUCCUCGAGGUCUGGAGUGGCUGGGGCACCAAAGAUUGCAAGGACAAGUGGGUUCUCAAAGGCAUUGGACUCACAUGGACUGAUGGGCAGCACAAGGAGCUCUACAACAGGAUUGAAGACGACGACAUGUAUCAAACAUUCCACUUUCCAAGGGACGGCUCCGCAAGCUGGGAUUUACGGUCGGGGGCGCGCGUUGACGAGCUCAAGUUCAAGACGAAAAGGGGCGUCCCUUGGGUUACGGGAGGCAGUGGUGGCAAAGAGGAACAUCUUGCCGAUGGCGCCUUGGUCGGGUUCCAUGGCAAGGCGAGCGAUGAUAUCGACUCUAUCAGUAUGAGAUACAGAGUCUGA